AAGAGACAAAGCUUCAUAUUGAUCUUCUUCUUGUGUUGUUUGAUGAAGCAUUAUUGAUGGAGGGUGGUGACAUAUUUAGAGUUAGCAGCGCGCGUUUAGGCAGCUCGAGUAUAUGGCGGAACACCGGCAUGGAAUCUUUUUCGCGGUCCGAAAAAGAUGCCGAAGACGACGAAGAAGCAUUGAAGUGGGCCGCCCUCGAGAAACUUCCGACGUAUCUCCGUAUAAGGAGAGGCAUGCUUGUCGAAGACGAGGGUAAAACACGAGAAGUCGAUAUAAAGAAUCUCGGAUUAUCCGAACGAAGGAAUCUCGUCGAGAGGCUACUUAAGAUUGCCGAGGAAGGCAAUGAGAAGUUUUUGCUCAAGCUCAAGGAACGAAUUCAAAGGGUAGGUCUUGAUUUUCCGACGAUCGAAGUCCGGUUCGAGAACUUGAACGUUGAUGCGGAUGCAUAUGCGGGGGGUCGAGCUUUACCUACCAUAUUCAACUUUACUGUCAAUAUAUUGGAGGGUUUCUUGAGUUAUCUUCGUAUUCUUCCGAACAGAAAGAAACCGUUGCCGAUUCUGCAUGAUGUAAGUGGGAUCAUAAAACCAGGAAGGAUGACGUUGCUUUUGGGCCCACCGAGCUCUGGAAAAACGACGUUGCUACUAGCUUUAGCUGGGAAGCUCGAUCCGGAGUUGAAAAUAUCGGGGAGAGUGACGUACAACGGUCAUGAGAUGAACGAGUUUGUACCGCAAAGGACGUCGGCUUACAUAAGCCAGCACGAUUUGCACAUUGGAGAACUGACGGUUAGAGAAACGCUCGCUUUCUCCGCCAGAUGUCAAGGAGUUGGCGCUCGUUACGAAAUGCUGACCGAGUUGUCGAGGAGAGAGAAGGAAGCAAACAUUAAACCGGACCCUGAUCUCGAUAUUUACAUGAAGGCAUCGUCGAUUGGAGGGCAGGAAGCAAGUGUGGUAACGGAUUACAUCAUCAAGAUUUUAGGACUUGAAGUGUGUGCCGAUACGUUAGUAGGCGACGAAAUGUUCCGAGGAAUAUCCGGAGGACAAAGAAAGAGACUCACGACAGGCGAAAUGAUGGUCGGACCGGCAAGAGCACUAUUCAUGGACGAGAUAUCGACCGGUUUGGAUAGUUCGACAACUUUCCAAAUCGUGAACUCGAUACGACAAUCGAUCCACAUUUUGCAGGGAACUACUAUAAUCUCACUCCUACAGCCUGCACCGGAAACGUACGAUUUAUUCGACGACAUCAUUCUUCUAUCCGAUGGUCAGAUCGUAUACCAAGGUCCCCGAGAAAACGUACUAGAAUUCUUCGAGCACAUGGGGUUUCGAUGCCCCGAGAGAAAAGGAGUAGCCGAUUUCUUGCAGGAAGUGACGUCGAAGAAAGAUCAAGAACAGUACCGGAUACAAAAAGACGAAACUUACGAGUACGUUUCUGUCCAAGAGUUUUCCGAAGCAUUCCGGUCGUUCCGUAUCGGUCAAGAGCUCGGCGAUGAGCUGGCGGUUCCGUUCGACAAGGAAAAGAGCCACCCUACUGCACUAACCACCGAUAAAUACGGCGUCAGCAAAAAAGAGCUUCUGAAAGCGUGCGUGGCUCGAGAAUAUCUGUUGAUGAAGCGGAAUUCGUUCGUCUACAUAUUCAAGAUGCUACAACUUAUCAUUGUAGCUAGCAUUUCAUUGACGUUGUUUCUGCGCACGGAAAUGCCGAAGAAUAACGUGACGGACGGCGGAAUAUACUUGGGUGCUCUGUUUUUCGCGCUUAUUAUGAUUAUGUUCAACGGAUUCUCGGAGCUCGCACUCAGUAUUAUGAAACUCCCGGUUUUUUUCAAGCAACGGGAUCUUUUGUUUUUUCCUCCGUGGGCAUAUACUUUGCCUUCGUGGAUUCUCAAGAUUCCGAUCACACUCGUCGAAGUUGCUAUUUGGGUGGGUAUGACUUACUAUGCCACGGGAUACGAUUCUGACGCCGGAAGGUUUUUCAGACAACUGCUUCUGCUUAUAUGUGUGAAUCAAAUGGCUUCGGCGCUGUUCCGUUUGAUGGGGGCGCUAGGACGAAACCUCAUCGUUGCGAAUACGUUUGGUUCGUGCGCAUUGCUCACGGUUUUCGUCUUGGGUGGUUUCAUUUUAUCACGAGAUGAUAUCAAAAAAUGGUGGAUAUGGGGUUUCUGGACUUCGCCUUUGAUGUACGGGCAGAACGCCAUCGCGGUGAACGAGUUUCUCGGAAAGAGUUGGAGUCAUGUUCCUGCAGGCUCGACGGAAUCGGUUGGAUUGACGGUUUUAAAAGCUCGAGGGCUUUUUUCGGAAGCACGAUGGUAUUGGAUUGGUGUCGGAGCGAUUAUCGGAUACGUGUUCCUAUUCAAUUUCCUAGUUACCGUUGCUCUGACUUAUUUGAACCCGUUCGGGAAACCACAAGCGAUUCUACCGGAAGAAGCAGUAGCGGAGAGGAAUGCGGGACGAGGAGACGAUGUUCGGAGAAGUUCGUCGUCGGGAUCCAUGUCAUCAAGAGUCGGCACGGUUAUCGGUAAUGCCGAUCCAAACCGGAAGAGAGGAAUGAUUUUACCGUUCGAGCCUCUUUCGAUCACAUUUUGCGAUAUCCGUUACGCAGUAGAUAUGCCACAGGAAAUGAAAGCUCAAGGAAUUCAAGAAAACCGACUCGAGCUGCUGAAAGGCGUGAGCGGUGCUUUCCGGCCCGGAGUUUUGACGGCGCUGAUGGGCAUUAGUGGGGCCGGUAAAACCACUUUAAUGGAUGUAUUAGCGGGUCGGAAAACCGGUGGUUAUAUAAACGGGACAAUCACUAUAUCGGGUUACCCGAAAAAGCAAGAAACGUUCGCACGUAUUGCAGGAUACUGCGAGCAAACCGACAUUCACUCACCUCACGUCACGGUCCACGAGUCCUUACAAUUUUCCGCGUGGAUGCGCUUGCCUCCCGAAGUCGACACUGCAACGAGAAAGAUGUUUAUUGAAGAGGUGAUGGAGCUAGUCGAGCUUACACCGCUGAGAGAAGCGCUCGUGGGCUUGCCCGGAGUGAACGGACUUUCGACCGAGCAGAGAAAGAGGCUAACGAUUGCGGUCGAACUCGUUGCGAAUCCAUCGAUCAUAUUUAUGGACGAGCCGACUUCGGGCCUCGACGCAAGAGCUGCUGCAAUUGUAAUGAGAACCGUUAGAAACACAGUCGAUACAGGUCGAACGGUUGUUUGCACUAUCCAUCAACCGAGCAUCGACAUUUUCGAUGCCUUUGACGAGCUAUUACUACUCAAACGAGGAGGCGAAGAAAUAUACGUGGGCCCUUUAGGCCGACAUUCUUCUCAGCUAAUUAAAUACUUUGAGGAAAUCGACGGAAUCAGUAAAAUCAAAGACGGUUAUAAUCCAGCUACGUGGAUGCUCGAUAUAACCUCGACGGCACAAGAAGCAGCUCUCGGCGUCGAUUUUGCCGAACUAUAUAAGAACUCCGAACUUUGCAGGAAAAACAAAGCGCUGAUCGAGGAGCUAACUGUACCGAUCCCGGGUUCGAAAGAUUUGUACUUCUCGAAACGGUACUCGCAAUCUUUCUCGACUCAAUGCAUGGCUUGCCUGUGGAAGCAGCACUGGUCGUAUUGGAGAAACCCUCCGUACACGGCAGUAAGGCUGCUAUUUACGACGUUCAUCGCGUUACUUUUCGGGACUAUUUUUUGGGGUAUUGGGUCCAAACGGGAGCGACAGCAAGACGUGUUCAACGCAAUGGGUUCGAUGUACGUUGCCGUUCUAUUUCUCGGCAUACAAAAUGCUACGUCGGUUCAACCGGUUGUUGCGAUUGAGAGAACGGUCUUCUACAGAGAGAGAGCUGCUGGAAUGUACUCGGCUUUGCCGUAUGCGUUUGGACAGGCUGUAAUUGAAUUGCCUUACCUUCUGAUUCAAACACUCAUAUACGGUGUGAUUGUGUAUGCGAUGAUCGGGUUCGAAUGGACGGUCGUGAAAUUCUUUUGGUACAUUUUCUUCAUGUAUUUCACGCUGAUGUACUUCACGUUUUACGGGAUGAUGACGGUGGCGGUGACGCCAAACCACAACAUAGCCGCCAUUGUUUCGUCGGCAUUCUACGGGUUAUGGAAUCUCUUCUCCGGAUUCAUCAUUCCAAAAACAAGAAUCCCGGUGUGGUGGAGAUGGUACUACUACGCUUGCCCAAUAGCUUGGACGCUGUACGGAUUGGUUGCUUCGCAAUUCGGUGACGUGCAAGAUAGGCUCGACACUGAUGAAACAGUUGCAGAAUUCGUGCACAGUUAUUUCGGAUUUCAACACGAUUUUGUGGGAUACGUUGCGAUAAUCAUCACUGGAUUAGCUGUGCUCUUCGGCUUCAUUUUUGCCUUCUCGAUCAGAGCUUUCAACUUCCAGAAAAGAUAGAUAAUGUGUAUAUUUCUAAACAGUUUGCUUCCGUUUUUCCGUAACGUUUAUCGACAUUCUUUGUUUCGGGCUAGCCCGGGUUUGAAAUAUAAAUAUAAAAUAAUCGAGCGUGAAUAGCUCAAUUUUUUGUUCA